GAUUGAGUCUCCGGAAGAACUCGACCCCUCAUUCUCCAUCGAGAGGGACCCGAGUUACUGAGUGCUCCCCACCCUGGGAGGCUCCCCAGGGUGAGGUCCCUGGCACUGGUGAGGAUUCUCCACGAGUUACCGAAGACCCCUCUCUGUGUGGAAAUAGGAUGUCCAGGGCUGUGUCUGGGCCAGGGGGCUGACAUCUGGGCCUACAUCAUGCAGCAUGUGCACAGUCAGAGGACUGUCAAGAAGAUCCGGGGAAACCUACUCUGGUAUGGCCACCAGGACAGUCCACAGGUCCGUCGGAAGUUAGAGCUGGAAGCUGCUGUGACUCGCCUUCGGGCAGAGAUUCAGGAGCUCAACCAGAGCCUGGAGCUGAUGGAGCGAGACACUGAGGCUCAGGACACAGCCAUGGAGCGGGCACUUCAGGACACACAAGACACCCAGCGUCGAGCUCUCCUCCUCCGGGCCCAAGCUGGGGCCACGCGAAGACAGCAGCAUAGGCUCCGAGAUCCCAUGCAGCGGCUGCAGAAUCAACUGAGGCGCCUGCAGGACAUGGAGAGGAAAGCCAAAGUAGAUGUGACCUUUGGAUCCCUGACGUCAGCAGCUCUGGGCCUGGAGCCUGUGGUCCUGCGUGAUGUCCGAGCAGCCUGCGCCCUCCGGGCCCAGUUCCUGCAGAACCUCCUGCUUCCCCAGGCCAAGAGGGGCAGCCUCCCAACCCCUCAUGAUGACCACUUUGGCACUUCCUACCAGCAGUGGCUGAGCUCUGUGGAGAUGCUGCUGACAAACCACCCCCCAGGCCACGUCCUGGCUGCUUUGGAACACCUGGCUGCAGAGCGGGAGGCAGAGAUUCGGUCUCUGUGCAGCGGGGAUGGGCUUGGCAAUACAGAAAUAUCCAGGCCCCAGGCCCCGGACCAGUCAGACUCCAGCCAGACCCUGCCGUCCAUGGUUCAUCUCAUCCAGGAAGGCUGGCGGACUGUGGGUACACUGGUCUCCCAGCGGAGCGCCCUCCUGAAGGAGCAUCAAGUCCUGACCCAGCGCCUACAGAGCCUGGUGGAAGAGGUAGAGAGAUGUGCCCUAGGAUCCAGCGAGAGGCAGGCGUGGAUACUGGGGCUUCGGGGCUGUGGCCUGUGGGUGGAGCUCAAGGCCCUCCGUGCUCAGAGCCAGGAGCUGGAGGAUGCAGCCGGGCAUCGUCAGCUCCUGCUGAGGGAGCUACAGGCCAAACAGCAGCGGAUUCUGCGCUGGCGCCAGCUGGUGGAGGAGACACAGGAACAUAUCCGCCUGCUCAUCAAGGGAAACUCAGCCAGCAAGACCCGCCUGUGCCAGAGCCCAGGGGAGGUGCUGGCUCUGGUUGAGCGAAAGGUGAUCCCUGCAUCUGAGGCAGUGGCACCACAGAGCCAGGAGCUGUUGCGCUGUCUGGAGGAGGAAGCCCGACAUCUGCCCCAUGUUCUGUUGGGCCCGCUGCUGCGGCACAGCCCUGGAGAGUUGAAGCCCCUGCCCACGGUCCUACCGUCCAUCCAUCAGCUGCACCCCACAUCCCCGAAGGGCUCCAGCCUCAUAGUGCUGAGCCAUACGCUGGGGCUGCCCCCAGGGAAGGCCUCAGAGCUGCUCCUGCCGGCAGCUGCCUCUCUUCGCCAGGACCUUCUGUUCCUGCAGGACCAGCAGGGCCUCCGAUGCUGGGAUCUACUCCACAUGAAGACCAACCUGCCACCAGGCCCUUCCACCCAGGAGCUGCUGCAGAUCCAGGCAUCCCGGGAAAAGGAGCAGAAAGAGAACCUGGGGCAAGCUCUGAAGAGGCUGGAGAAGCUGCUGAAACAGGCGCUGGAGCGAAUCCCUGAGCUGCAGGGGGUCGUGGGGGACUGGUGGGAGCAGCCAGGCCAGGCUGCCCUCUCUGAGGAGCUCUGCAAGGGCCUCUCCCUGCCCCAGUGGCGGCUGCGCUGGGUUCAGGCCCAGGGGGCCCUGCAGAAGCUGUGCAGCUGAAGAGAGGGUGCACAGAAGCCCAGAACUUCACGCUGUUCACCCCGACACCUCACCUCCUCCAGGACACCUGGAAGAAAGGAUUCCUUGGCCGUCAUCCCCACCAGCAUCUGCAGUCCCCUCACUUGCUGUUCUGCGGCUCCUCUCAGCUCCCUGGCCCCUAUCCUUUCAUCCCACUAAAGCCAGGAGAAUGGGGUACUCUGGACCCCAUCCUGGGCACCCCUGAGAUCCCUUCGUCACUUUCAUUUUCAGCAAAAAGUAACUGAGCACCUCCUGUAGGCACUGGGGAGUCCACACUGAACAAAAGAGAAGGCCCUGCCUUCCAGGAGUUGAGUUCUAGGGGAGGGAGAUGGAGUUUAUGAGAUAAGGAAAAUAUAUUUGUGGUGUGCUGCAGGUUAACCGCUGUGUGGGAAAGCCAGCAGGAGGUGGGAGGUGUGAUUUGAAUCGAGGGCCACACUGCCCAGGUCACACACCAAGUGGUGAGCAGGAGCAAUGGAGGUGGCCGAGGAAGGACUUGCUGCUGGCUCAGGGCACCAGCACGUGCAAAGGCCCUGAGCCAAAAUGUGCUGGAAUAAGGGCCAUUGGCAGGGGGGCAGUAGAGGGUGGGAGGAGGAAUGUAUUAAAAGAUGAAAUUGCCUUCUAAUUUGUAUAGUUUCUUUUUUCAUGUAAAUCAGCCAUUUGGAAUUUAUCCUAGCACAUGGAUCCAAUUUCGUUUUAUUUUACAGGGAUCCUAGUAACACUUAUUGAAAUUCCCAGUCACAGCAGCAGUUGUCUCUGAGGGAAGGUGGGUGGCAGGGAUCAACUGAGGAGGAGAUGCAGAAAUGUCUUAGGUGAUGGGAAUGUGCCGUAUCGAGGGUGACGAAGGUGACACAGGUAUGGAGAGUUGUCAGCACUCACCUAGCUGUAGACUUAAGGCCUGUGCAUUUCACUGUGUGGGUUGCUCAAUUUAUAAAGCAAAGCCUCACUCACUGCUUUUGAGAUGCCACCUUUCUAUGCACUAAAUUUCCAUGUUUAAUUGGGUUGUAUCUGGGUUCUCUCCAGAUCUGCUUGUAUUUAACCCUCCAUGUGCCAUUACCACAGAAGUUUAAUAGAAAGGCACACAUUGUCAUAUGUGUGUUUUUGUUCUCUUUCGUUUUGUUUUGAGACGGAGUCUCACUCAGUUGCCCAGGCUCGAGUGCAGUGGCAUGAUCUCAGUUCAUUGCAACCCCUGUCUCCCAGGUUCAAGUGAUUCUCAUGCCUUGGCCUCCCCAGUAGCUAGGAAUACAGGUACACACCACCAUGCCCCGCUAAUUUUUGUAUUUUUUGUAGAGUUGGGGCUUCACCAUGUUGGCCAGGCUGCUCUCCAACUCUUGGCCUCAAGUGAUCUGCCGCCUCUGUCUCCCAAUUCUUCACCUGCUGGGAUUACAGUUUCCCCUGUCUCAAUAAUUUUUUUUUCAUAAAUUAAGUGAACAUUAUAUUUAAUUUGCCUGGUCCCAGAAAAAAGACAAACACAGAUAGUAGUUUUACUGGUGCUGCAGUUUUUUUCACAUUUGGGAGUUUGUGAGCUUUAUGAUCUUGAACCUUGCUGUCCCUCUCCCACACAGCUCCUCUCUUGGCCUCCAGAGCCCCUUCUCCCUGCCAGCUUUCUUCCUGCCCCUGGCUGCUGUUUCCCAGCCUUUCCACACUGGCUUUCCCAUGACUGUCCUUAGUGAGCCCACUCCUCCUCUCUCCUCAUCACAGUUCCCAGUCCCCACCUUCCUACUGAACUCAGUAAAAUCUUAAACUUCGUACAGUAGGCACAUUGUGAGUAGUAACACCGGAAUUAUUAUUUUGAUAAAAUAGACCAUUUAAAUUUUUGAGACUCUACCUUACAGUUUUUGAAAUUACGUAUUAAGCAAAUAAGAAGUGAUCUAAUGUCAUUGGGGACCAAGAUAUUUAGUGUAAAUUAAAAAAAGAUAACAAAUAUAAAAUCAAAGAAGUAAAUAUCCUAUAACCUUUCAUUUGAAUUGGAAAUAUCAGAAUAAAGUCAUGAUUUCUCUCUUUCU